CUCUUAGUUGCUCCAGACUGAAAACCUAGGAGCCUUCCUGGAUUUCUCUUACACUGCCUAUUUAGUGUGUGAAUGCAUGAGUGGAAAGUUGAGUUCGCACUUGUGACUGACUGGGGUCAACGCCCACAUUCGCUCCUACUUUGCGCGCGCUGCGGAUGAAGAUUGGGCCCUGGUGGCCGGGGCCGGGGAGGCGGGCCUGGAGCCAGGGGGCGGGGCAGGCGGCAUGGAAGUGCGCUCGCGCCGGCGCGGAACCACAACUCCCGGCGGCCCCCGCGCUCCCGGGCGGCAAGAUGGUGGCGCGCAGGAGGAAGCGCGCGGCGCAGGACUCUGAGGACCGAAUCCCGAGCCCUCCCGGCUAUGCAGCUAUUCCAAUCAAGUUCUCCGAAAAGCAGCAGGCUUCUCACUACCUGUAUGUGAGAGCACACAGCGUUCGAGAAGGCACCAAGUCCACCUGGCCUCAGAAGAGAACUCUUUUUGUCCUCAAUGUGCCCCCAUACUGUACAGAGGAAUGCCUGUCGCACCUCCUGUCCUCCUGUGGCCCUGUCCAGUCUGUGGAGUUGCAGGAGAAGCCGGACCCGGCCGAAAGCCCGAAGGAGCCAAGGUCGAAGUUUUUUCAUCCCAAGCCAGUUCCGGGGUUCCAGGUAGCCUACGUGGUGUUCCAGAAGCCAGGUGGGGUGUCAGCUGCCUUGGCCCUGAAGGGCCCCCUGCUGGUAUCCACAGAGAGCCACCCUGUGAAGAGUGGCAUUCACAGGGCCCCAAUGCCAGGCCUGAGGAAGCCCGUCUCCUUGGCUCCCUUCUCAGAGUGGAUCCGUGACUACGCAGACUCUCUGCCCGACCCUGAGGCCCUGAGGGUGGAGGUGGACACCUUCAUGGAGGUGUAUGACCAGAAGAUUGCUGAGGAAGAAGCUAAGGCCAAGGGGGAAGAGGGUGUCCCUGACGAGGAGGGCUGGGUGAAGGUGACCCGCUGUGGCCGGAGGCCUGUGCUCCCCCGGACGGAAGCAGCCAGCCUUCGGGUGCUGGAGAGAGAGAGACGGAAGCGCGCCCGGAAGGAGCUGCUCAACUUCUAUGCCUGGCAGCACCGCGAGAGCAAGAUGGAACAUCUAGCACAGCUGCGCAAGAAGUUCGAGGAGGACAAGCAGAGGAUCGAGCUGCUUCGGGCCCAGCGCAAAUUCCGACCUUACUGAGCUGGGAGAGCCACACCAAAAAGGAACUUGAGGCGAGGUGGGCCCUGGGUUGAGGGCCACUGUGUCCAACAGCCCCGAUCAGAGGCCACACAGCUGGGAGUGAAGGACCGUGCCACCCCUCAGGUCUUGUGCUUCAGCAGUCCUGGGGUGUGCCCAGAGGAGGAUUUGCCCAUUCAGCCUCCAUACCCUCCUCUUAAGGACCCUUCUCCCCUUAACCACAAUGGAAAUGCCCCUGCUGCAGCAAAACAGCCUCAAAAGCAGUGAGAAUACCAGCACAUCUCGUAUUUUCUAUCCAGUUGGGCCACAAGGAAAGGCCUAGGUGGGCCUACCCUGCCCUUCCUCCCUCCAGCUGGCUGGAGAUUGUCUCCCGUUUGAGGUCACAGAUGUUCAAGUUGGAAUCUUGCUCCCUUCCCCCUGAAUCUACCAUCCUAGGCUGGGCUUCCAGACCAGUGAGCCUUUCCCCACCAUGCCUGGCCUGCUUGCAGGGCUCGGGAACUCAGAGUCUCAGUGCCAAGGCUGGGAGCACGAGGUCUUCAUAGCUCCAGGCCCAGAGCUAUAGCUGGUUUGGGAGUCUGGGUUUGCUCUGUA